AUGCCCGGCAAAAGCUCUCGUCGUGCCAAGAAGAAGAACGGAGCCAAUGGACCGCUGACAGUGCUAACUCCGGAGCAGAAAUGGUGGAGGGCAGUCGGCCGCCUCGCUCAGUUUCAGCUCGGCUGCAGCCUGUUGAUGCAGCUCUCUUACGUGGCGUUCCCAGCCUACAACUUCUCGCUGGCGCUGUGGUGUUUGCUGGCGUGUACCCCGUCCUGGAGCGCCAAGUACACGCGUCUCGUGCCGCUGCACAUAAUCGCCAUCAGCUUCUCGGUGGUGACGGACAUCGUGUGGAUGAGCUUGUGGGUGUCCGGUAAAGUGUUCUUCGACCAGUUCUGCAACGCCAGCGCGGUCUCGAUCGUGAGCUGUGGCGGCGCAACGGAUCACUUCCCGGGGUGCAGCACGAACCAGUUCGCUCUGUUCACAUUGAUUCUGAAUCUCCUGGCCAAGAUCGCUACCGUCGUGAGCAUCUCAGGCUCAAAGUAA